AUGGCCGCCGCUUCGGCCGCACACGAGCGAAGGGAACGGAGUCUUCCCUUUGACCCGGAAGAUCCCAGCUACAUCAAGGAUCUCCAGAGACCAGCUGUGAUUAAGGAAGAUCUCACCGAAAUGGAGCGACGAAAACGCGUCCAAGAGAUCCUCGAUUCAAAAGAUUUUUGCAGUCAAUUGGAAGAGGUGAGGGUCUCAAAAAUCGAAAUU